AUGUUCUGGGGUGCCUCGGUCCGUGGGGGGCACCGUCCAGGUGCCUCCGUCACUCUAAAAAGGCAGCCGGACUUUCAUCCUGACCUGCUGCCCAUCUCCUACCUUGGCCAAAGACAUCGGGACGGCGCUCGCGUUCGCCCACUCCCUGGGGAACGCCGGCACGCCGCGCCCUGCCUAACCGCCUGUCUGCGGCGGGGAUGCCGCUCCAGAACACCUGCCACGCGUACCUUCAGGCUCCUAGGAAUUUUAGAUGUUGAGAAUAUUCCCUGUGCUCGGGAUUCAAUACUGUAUGGAUCAUUAGGAUCUGUUGUGGCUGGGCUUGGACAUUUUUUGUUCACCAGCAGAAUUAGAAGAUCAUGUGAUGUUGGAGUAGGAGGAUUUAUCUUGGUCACUUUGGGAUGCUGGUUCCACUGUAGGUAUAAUUAUGCAAAGCAAAGGAUCCAGGAGAGAAUUGCUCGAGAAGGAAUUAAGAACAAGAUUUUAUAUGAAAGCACCCCCCUGGAUCCUGAAAGGAAACAAGCCAACAGUAGCAACAGCACAGCUAAGCAACCCUGAGCACAAAGCUGGUUUCAAACAGUGUAUGUACAGCAAGGAGGUGCUCGAGCAUGCGUCUGACGUAGCCUUUCACCUCCCACUGACAGUAUAAUAUGCCUGCAAUAUGUAUAUUGGACCUGUCAUGCCAGAAGAGAAGUUACUGGCAG